AUGUAUAAAAAGUAUUUAUUAACGUUGUUCUUAUGUGCUAGUGUUGAGUGUCAGUCUAAUAAAGACUUGUAUAAUGGACAAGUGAAUAAUGAAUUUUACAACUCUCAAGAGCAGAGUUCUCGGUCUUCAAGACUACCGAGUCCAGGUGACAGUGACUAUAGGACGUAUGUGUACAAUAACAGAAGAUAUGGAACGGAUCCCACAAGAUAUAACCCUUAUAACCCUAAUAUAAAUCAGCCGGGAGGAUUCCCAUACAAUCCAAUCAACACAAACCCUUUGGAUGAUCAGUUCAAGUAUAAUAUUAACCGAGACCCAAACAACCCAGAUGCCUUAUUCCCUGGUGUCCUUGGAGGAUGGAGGGAAGACUUACAAGGGAGGGAGAGGAGGGACUCCAGGCAGCUCAAGAGGGAUGUCUUUGUUACUACCAAUUAUGGACAAGUGCAAGGAUUUAAGGUGUAUUUAUAUGACAAUCCAGACCCAGACUCGGGGUACAGACCCUGGCUGUCACCAGUGGAGAGGAUACAGGGAGAAGUGUCAGUGUUCCUGGGAAUACCAUAUGCUAGACCACCUGUCCUGGAAGGAAGGUUCAAGCCUCCCCGCCAACAUCCCGGAUGGCAACUGAUGCAAGCAGUGGACUGGGGUCCAGCUUGUCCCCAACCAGUAAGAUACACCGGCGCUACGAAGGGCAUCAGAGAUAUGGACGAAGACUGUCUCUACUUGAAUAUAUUUUCGCCUAAUACUGAAGCCGGAGCCACAGCGCAGCGCUACCCAGUAAUGGUGUACAUCCACGGCGGACAGUACACCUCCGGAGCGUCGAACAUGUUCCCCGCGCACAUGAUGGCCGCCUUCUACAACGUUAUUGUUGUGUCUAUCAAUUAUAGACUUGGAGCCUUAGGUUUCCUGUCAACGGGCGACGAAAACUCUCCAGGUAACUACGGUAUCCUGGACCAGGCGAUGGCACUGCGCUGGGUGUAUGACAACAUCACUCCGUUCAAUGGCGACCGCUCCUCCAUCACUCUGUUCGGGCCGGGCGCCGGGGCUGCCUCCGCUGGACUACUCGCCAUAGCGCCACAGACUAGGGAUAUUGUUACCAGGGUUAUUGCUCAGAGUGGCUCAGCGCUAGCGGACUGGGCGAUGAUAGAAGAUAAGUUCAGAGUUCAGAACACGUCGCUGGUAUUCGGCAGACUGCUCGGCUGUCCCAUAGACUCCUCGUGGAAACUCGUCAACUGCUUGCGGCAGGGCAGGAGUUUUUAUGAACUGGGAAAUGCUGAGUUUCAGCCGCACGUAGGCUUCAUCCCCUGGGGCCCAGUACUGGAGAACAACUUCACUUUUCCUGGAGACGAGUGGUACGAUGGAUGGAGGGAGAGGGACUGGCAUUUCCUCAAUACUAUGCCGGAAGAACUCCUACAGAGGAGACAGUUUAAUCCAUCUCUGAGGUAUAUGACCGGAGUGACUACGCAGGAAGCUGCUUAUUAUUUGUAUAAAAACGAAUCCUUAGCCCCAAACUUUGAGAUAUCAGAGCGAUGGUUCAACGAGAAAGUGUGGGAGUUAGUGCAACGAUACAAUUACACUCUGAACCCGCGCGGAGUGUAUGAAGCUAUACGAUAUAUGUAUACUUACCACCCCGAGCCACAUAAUGUGAGCGCUAUCAGGGACCAGUACAUACAUCUCUUAUCAGACUUCCUAUACCGAGCACCCACGGACAAGAUGGUGAAACUACUCCUUGAACAAAACGUUCCUGUGUACAUGUACGUCUUGAACACGACGGUGGAAGCCUUCAAAUUUCCGGAGUGGAGGCAAUAUGCCCACGACACUGAACAUUACUUCCUCACUGGAGCUCCGUUCAUGGACCAGGAGUUCUUCCCGGUUAAGCAAAGGAUCGGUAGCCAGCAAUGGACCAAUAAUGACCGAAAUAUGAGCCAUUUCUUCAUGAAAACUUUUUCGGAUUUUGCUCGAUUUGGUAACCCGACUCGCUCCCGCGUCCUGGGCCUCCACUUCGAGGUGGCGCAGGCGGGCCAGCUCCGCUACCUCAACCUCAACACGACGUACAACUCCACCGUACUACUCAACUACCGCCAGACUGAACUCGCGUUCUGGAACAUGUAUCUACCCACUGUUAUCGGACGACUCGUGCCUACUUACCCACCUAUUACUGAGUAUUGGUGGGAGCCGAAGCAGCCAUUACAGAUAGCAUUCUGGUCGGUGUCCAGUGCGUGCCUCGUGCUCAUUGUACUACUCGUCGUAUGUUGCAUGCUCUGGAGGAACGCUAAGAGGGCUAUACCACCAAAAUGGAAAAUGGUACCGGCGAUGGAAACUGACAGAUACUAUGAUGGAGACAUAUUCAUGGUGCCUGAAGUAGAGGAGAGCGGCAUAGACAACACGACGCGGUCCAGAGACAACAUCUACGAGUACAGAGACGUGCCCAUCAAGAAGCCACAUACACCGCAACCUAUUACUAGAACUAUAAGUCAACCAGCAACUCUCCAAUCGUCGCGGCCCCCGUCUGAGGCCUCGACGGGAUCAGCUUUUUCACUGAAAGAAGGAUCAGUAUCCCGCGUCCCAGAACCCCUGCCCAGAGCCAGGUCCCGAACUCAAAUAGUGCAUGGAAUACCACAAACAACUGUGUAA